AUGCCGGGGUUCGUGAACAGAAAAGCCAGUGAUCUGUUCGUGGACUCGCUGGGGAGUUGGAGAAGGAGAGUUGUCAAGAUCCCAAGGGGGCUCCGUUGCGGUUGGUGUCUAGACAAUUGGCGCAAGAACGGUGACGAGGCCGAGAGUGGAAUUACGCGAGCCGGUAUUUGUUAUUACCAAUACGGUCAACCAUCCACGCGCAAAAUCCUGUUCACUACGAUGCCAAGGGCUGGUUUGUCCAACUUCUUUGCGCUGUUCCUCAGCCGCUGGAUCUGUGUCUCAUACGCAAAAGCGUUCUGCGGCGCCGCCUUCGUGCCUGGUACGAUUGACUACUGGCCAAGUCUCAAACACACCGUUACUAGUCCUCUGCCAUCAUUGGUAUUGUGUUCCAAUUAUUGGGUCCAGGCUUUGGCCGUGCGGCCCGUCUGGGCUGGAUGGGUUCAGCUUGGCUAUGUAGAGUAUUUUCCUCCAUAG